CGUCCGUCGUCGCAAUAUCAGUCAAACCGUGAAACCGUGACCGAGCCGUGCUCUUAUCAGUUUGUGCCGGGUCGUUGGAGGCGAAGCAAGGUGAAGUUAUUCACGGGUGAAAAGCUCCCGAGCAGAAGAUCAGUAGGAGGGGAACGAGCAAAUUUGUGGGAAACGCGGAGUGGAAGGAGGGAAGGGGGGAAGAGCUGCAGGUCUUAUGAACAAACGAGGCAAGACGCAAAGAGAGACAUGCGCUGGACGUCAGGUAGCUUCGGGGACGGAAGGUAGGGAGCGGAGUGCGACAAGGUGCAAGGUGCGGCAGGUACGGACAGGUACACCUUCCUCAACCAUCCGUCCCAUCCAUCACAUCCAUCACAUCCGUCGUCCGGUCUUCCGUCUAAUCCUCCACCAUCCACCAGGGGAAGGCGCGGGAGUUGGAGCUUGCCCACUCCUCGUGACCGUUUCGACCUCUACUAGCUACCACCGGAAUAGCUUCUCGACCAUCCCAUCACCCACAUCACCCACAUCACCCUUCACCUGUCACACUUGCCGACGCACGAACCCACGCCGGUGGUGCCCCAAGAACUACGCCGCCCGCGCCGUCCACGCCAUGGACGACGCCCCCAGCACCUCUCACUCUGGUCUAGGCAAGUCCCGCCUGCGGUCGCGGGGGAGGGGCUUUUCCUGGCUGCAGCAGACUGUCGCCAGUUCUGUCUCUCGCGCAUCAGGUACGAGGCAGGGUCUCAGGGACCCGAUACGAACACAGCGACCGAGUACCUCACACGUACAGCACCAAUUCGUAUGCGCCCGUCGACAAUCUGCUCCCUCCUAUUUUUGUCUCUCGGAUGGCUCGCCCCGGAACAAUCGGCUAGAUAGGGAGGCCAGUAGGUUUCUUCGUCCUCGUAUUCCGUGCGACUUGACGUCUUCGACGACCCCGACCUGUCCAUGUCCCCAGCUGCAAGUACUUCGUCUGCAGCCAGGGCCCCGCAGCUCACCGAGUCACAAGUCACAAGCCGCAGCAAAAAACGGCUCGUCAUCGUCACCUGAUCACCUCAUUCGAAAGAAGCGUCAAAACAACCCUGCCACCCAGUGUGUGUCUGACGGACCUGGAGAUCUCUUUGGGCCGAGAUCGGGUUUUUCUGUUCCAUCACAACGGGAGACCCGGCUUCCCGGACUGCUGGGGAUCUGCGACUUGCCCAGUGGAACCAUUGUCCUGGCCGAGCCACAAACUAAGUCCAGGGACACGCACGCACACACGUCAAAAGUUUUUGAACCAAUGUGUACUGACUGAUUAGACUUUGAAACUGCAGGAACAUGGCAUCGUCCGGGCCACCUCCGACGGUGGAGUGAAUGAUUCGCUCCCAGUCCUUAGGUGUCAGGGGAAGACGGCUGAUUUUACUUCGGGC